AAAUGGUUUUGACAGCUGUCUCGUCAGAUCGAGUGCCACUAGCGGGAAGCACGGGUAACUACGCAACUGCGUCAACAGCGGUACUUUCCAAGUGAAAGAAAGCCGGCAGCGGAAGAAGGGGUCUCGUCUUGUUGGACACACUGUUUAAUAGAUCCCCUUCAUCGCAGAUGCAUGCAGCAGACCGCAAGAGAAAACGAAUAGAAACCUUCGGCGUCAAUAAAAAGUACAGGGGAAUGGGUCAGUCUGUUGGCCCUGUCUCUAACUCGGCUUCUUCCUCGCAAGAAGAGGGGUAUUCGGGGAUGUUGUCUGUGUUCCCCCUUCCUGUGCUGGAGGAGGUGUUUGUGAACGUUCCGCCUGAGGAGGUGGUGUGUGUGUGUCGGCUGGUGUGCCGGGAGUGGAAGGAGGUGGCUGACAGCGCCGCCUUGUGGCGGGAGAGGUGCAGGCGGGACAGGUUUCGGCCCCACGACAUCACCAGACUCCCCACUGACUGGCGGCUCUUUUACUUCCUGUGCAAAAAGAGGCGAAACCUGCUAAAGAACCCCAGCGCUGAUGAGGGACUCAACGGAUGGCAGAUUUUGGAGAACGGGGGCGAUGAGUGGGCCAUAGAGCCUUUAUCUGAGACUCGUCCUGAUGGAACGGCCACUGAGUAUUUUGUUACUUCCUACUCACUCUGUAAGAAGUGCCAGCUAAUAGACCUGGUGAAGGAGGGAUACAGUCAGUUGUUCAUGGAUGAGAUUCAGCCUGAUAUUGUCAUAUCUGACUGGUACGCACCCCGCUGGGACUGUGGAAGCAUGUAUGAGCUUUGUGUGGAGCUGCUUAGCCGAAACAAGAAGGUCAUCCGUAAGUUCUGUCCAGAACCCGUCUACUUUGAGCAGUGGAAUGACCAGAAGUGGCAACAGAUGACCCACGUGUUCCGGGACUACGGGCGGGGCGUGCGUUUCGUCAGGUUCUGUCACGGGGGGAAGGACACGCAGUUCUGGGCCGGCUGGUACGGGAUCCGGGUCACCAACAGCAGCGUGGAGAUCUGCCCCUCAGCCGACAGCGCCGCCUUGUGGCGGGAGAGGUGCAGGCGGGACAGGUUUCGGCCCCGUGACAUCACCAGACCUCCCACUGACUGGCGGCUCUUUUACUUCCUGUGCAAAAACAGACGGAACCUGAUAAAGAACCCCAUCGCUGAUGAGGGAUUCAACGGAUGGCAGAUUUUGGAGAACGGGGGCGAUAAGUGGGGCAUAGAGUCUUUAUCUAAGCCUCCUGAGGGAACGGCCACUCUGUAUUUUGUUACUUCCUACUCACUCUGUAAGAAGUGCCAGCUAAUAGACCUGGUGAAGGAGGGAUACAGUCAGUCGUUCAUGGAUGAGAUUCAGCCUGAUAUUGUCAUAUCUGACUGGUACGCGCCCCUCUGGGACUGUGGAAGCAAGUAUGAGAUUUGUGUGGAGCUGCUUAGCCAAAACAAGAAGGUCAUCCGUAAGUUCUGUCCAGAACCCGUCUUCUUUGAGCAGUGGAAUGACCAGAAGUGGCAACAGAUGACCCACGUGUUCCGGGACUAUGGGCGGGGCGUGUGUUUCGUCAGGUUCUGUCACGGGGGGAUGGACACGCAGUUCUGUCCCGGCUGGAACGGGAUCCGGGUCACCAACAGCAGCGUGGAGAUCUGCCCCUCAGCCGACAGCGCCGCCUUGUGGCGGGAGAGGUGCAGGCGGGACAGGUUUCGGCCCCACGACAUCACCAGACCCCCCACUGACUGGCGGCUCUUUUACCUCCUGUGCAAAAACAGACGGAACCUGCUAAAGAACCCCAGCGCUGAUGAGGGACUCAACGAAUGGCAGAUUAUGGAGAACGGGGGCGAUGAGUGGAGCAUAGAGCCUUUAUCUGAGGCUCGUCCUGAGGGAACGGCCACUAAGUAUUUUGUUACUUCCUACAAAACCUGUAAGAAGUCCCAGCUAAUAGACCUGGUGAAUGAGGGAUACAGUCAGUUGUUCAUGGAUGAGAUUCAGCCUGAUAUUGUCAUAUCUGACUGGUACGCAGCUCACAGGGUCGAUGGAAGCAAGUAUGAGGUUUGUGUGGAGCUGCUUAGCCAAAACAAGGAGGUCAUCCAUAAGUUCUGUCCAGAACCCGUCUACAUUGAGAAGCUGAUUGACCGGAAUUGGCGACAGAUGAUCCACGUGUUCCGGGACUACGGGCGGGGCGUGUGCUUUGUCAGGUUCUGUCACGGGGGGACAGACACGAAGGUCUGGAAGGGCUGGUACGGGAUCCGGGUCACCAACAGCAGCGUGGAGAUCUACCCCUCAGCCGACAACGACGCCUUGUGGCGGGAGAUGUGCAGGCGGGACGAGUUUCGCCCCCACGACAUCACCAGACCUCCCACUGACUGGCGGCUGUUUUACUUCCUGUGCAAAAACAGGCGGAACCUGCUAAUGAACCCCAGCGCUGAUGAGGAAUUCAACGGAUGGCAGAUUUUGGAGAACGGGGGCGAUGAGUGGAGCAUAGAGCCUUUAUCUGAGCCUCGUCCUGACGGAACAGCCACUAAGUAUUUUGUUACUUCCUACGAACCCUGUAAGAAGUGCCAGCUAAUAGACCUGGUGAAGGAGGGAUACAGUCAGUCGUUCAUGGAUGAGAUUCAGCCUGAUAUUGUCAUAUCUGACUGGUACGCAGCUCACAGGGACUGUGGAAGCAAGUAUGAGAUUUGUGUGGAGCUGCUUAGCCAAAACAAGGAGGUCAUCUGUGAGUUCUGUCCAGAACCCGUCUACAUUGAGAAGCCGAUUGACCAGAACUGGCGACAGAUGACCCACGUGUUCCGGGACUACGGGCGGGGCGUGUGCUUCGUCAGGUUCUGUCACGGGGGGAGAGACACAAAGGCUUGGAUGGGCUGGUUUGGGAUCCGGGUCACCAACAGCAGCUUGGAGAUCUGCCCCGCAGCCGACAGUGCCCCCUUGUGGCGGGAGAGGUGCAGGCGGGACAGGAUUCGGCCCCACGACAUCACCAGAUCCCCCAUUAACUGGCCGCUCUUUUACUUCCUGUGCAAAAACAGACGGAACCUGCUAAAGAACCCCAGCGCUGAUGAGGGAUACAACAGAUGGCAGAUUUUGGAGAACGGGGGCGAUGAGUGGCGCAUAGAGCCUUUAUCUGAGCCUCCUGACGGAACGGCCACUAAGUAUUUUGCUACUUCCUACGAACUCUGUAAGAAGUGCCAGCUAAUAGACCUGGUGAAGGAGGGAUACAGUCAGUCGUUCAUGGAUGAGAUUCAGCCUGAUUUCAUAUCUGACUGGUACGCACCCUGCUGGGACUGUGGAAGCAUGUAUGAGAUUUGUGUGGAGCUGCUUAGCCAGAACAAGAAGGUCAUCUGUAAGUUCUGUCCAGAACCCGUCUACUUUGAGCAGUGGAAUGACCAGAAGUGGCAACAGAUGACCCACGUGUUCCGGGACUACGGGCAGGGCGUGCGUUUCGUCAGGUUCUGUCACGGGGGGAAGGACACGCAGUACUGGAAGGGCUGGUUUGGGAUCCGGGUCACCAACAGCAGCGUGGAGAUCUGCCCCUCAGCGCCUGUCUGAGUUUGGGCCACACCACAGGCUCAAUUCCCUGGUUGGACACUCUUGAGCCUGUCA